AUGCUGCUCGUCGGCUGCCUCCUCGGGCUCGCCACCGGCAUCUGCGUCGCCGCGUUCAAUCUCGGGGUACACGUCAUACAUGAAUGGGCAUGGGCAGGCACUCCCACUGAGGGUGCUGCUUGGCUCCGUCUGCAGAGGCUUUCUGAUACUUGGCAUAGGAUAUUGUUAAUUCCAGUGACUGGUGGAGUAGUUGUGGGUAUGAUGCAUGGAUUAUUGGAGAUUUUUGAACAGAUAAAGCAAUCGUUAUCAUCUCAAAGGGAGGGUAUUGAUUUCAUGGCUGCGAUUUUUCCCACAAUCAAAGCCAUCCAAGCCGCAAUUACUUUAGGGACAGGGUGUUCACUGGGGCCAGAAGGACCCAGUGUUGAUAUUGGUAAAUCGUGCGCAAAUGGGUGUGCUGAAAUGAUGGAGAACAAUAGGGAACGGAGAAUUGCUCUUGUUGCUGCUGGAUCAGCUGCUGGAAUCGCUUCAGGUUUCAAUGCUGCAGUUGCUGGAUGCUUUUUUGCUAUCGAAACAGUAUUAAGGCCACUUCGAGCAGAAAAUUCUCCACCAUUUACUACUGCUAUGAUCAUAUUGGCAUCAGUUAUAUCAUCAACUGUUUCCAAUGUUUUGCUAGGGGAAAAGGCAGCAUUUAUUGUCCCGACGUAUGAACUAAAAUCUGCUGCUGAGCUGCCACUCUACCUUAUUCUGGGCAUGCUUUGUGGUGUUGUGAGUGUGGCAUUCAGGCAGUUGGUUGUUUGGUUCACUAAGGCUUUUGACUUGAUAAGGAAGAAGUUUGGCCUUCCUGCUGUAGUAUGUCCUGCUCUAGGUGGUCUUGGAGCAGGUUUAAUAGCUCUAAGGUAUCCUGGAAUAUUGUAUUGGGGUUUCACCAAUGUCGAUGAGAUUCUACAUACGGGUAAAAGUGCUUCAGCCCCUGGAAUCUGGCUCUUGGCUCAAUUAGCUGCUGCGAAAGUUGUAGCAACGGCACUUUGCAAAGGUUCUGGUCUUGUUGGUGGCCUUUAUGCUCCAAGUUUGAUGAUUGGUGCUGCUGUCGGUGCUGUUUUUGGAGGCUCAGCAGCAGAAUUAAUAAACUCUGCGAUUCCGGGUAACACUGCUGUCGCACAUCCUCAAGCUUAUGCACUGGUGGGAAUGGCUGCUACACUGGCUUCAGUGUGUUCUGUUCCACUGACAUCUGUGCUGCUGCUCUUUGAAUUGACUAAGGAUUACAGAAUUCUACUUCCUCUAAUGGGAGCUGUUGGUUUAGCGAUAUGGGUCCCAUCUGUUGUAAAUCAAUCUGGUAGCAAAGAUACAUUCGAGGCAACAUCACCUCGCCAUGGCUAUUCGUCACUGUUACCUCCCACGGAUAGGAAUGAGACAGAUUGGAGGCGACAAGAUGGAGACGACGUGGAACUCGCAAUUUUAGACGUUGAUCCCUACCACUAUGGUAGUAACAAUGAGGAGAUGCUUCUUGAUGACUUGAAGGUAUCGCAAGCAAUGACAAAGCAUUAUGUGAAGGUCACACCUACAUUCACCAUCGAGGAGACAACAAGGCUUAUGCAAGAGAAGCAGCAAAACUGUGUUGUUGUUGUAGAUAAUGAAGAUUUUCUUGAGGGAAUUGUAACAUUAGGUGACCUUCGUCGAAAAGGAUUUGUGCCAAGUGAAAACUCUGAUAGUACCCAGGCAAAUUCAUCGACCUUGGAUGCAAAUUCUUCUCUUGUGUCAUCAUGCCUCACUCGAGGUUUUCAGUUCCAUGGCAAUGAAAGAGGACUGGUGACCUGCUUUCCAGAUACAGACCUGAGCACUGCCAAGGUUCUUAUGGAAGUUAAAGGGAUUAAACAACUUCCAGUAGUCAAACGUGGUGCUGGCCGUAGAAAUGAUGGGAGGCGUAAGGUCCUUGGCCUUCUUCAUUAUGAUUCAAUAGGAUGGUGCUUAAGGGAAGAGCUUGAGCGGUGGAAGGCACUAUACCAGAGAGAGAAUUUCCAGCAGUCAACAGUUAAUGGGCACUGA